AAAAAAACAAAAAAACAAAGAACGAAAACAACGAAGAAGCCGCCCUCUUUCUGCGAUUCUUUUUUCAUUUCUCCAUUUUCUUCGUUUGCAUCUCCCGACAGAUCCAAACCAACGAAUCUCGAUGAUCGGCCGGAAAGACUUAUCUCCGGCGACUGCUUGAAUGGUUCCGUUUCAGCCGUCGUUAUCCCGACGAUGAGACAUCCGGCGGGCGUCACCGUCUCCUCUCUCUGCUCGUCAUCCGUCAACCUCCUCCGUCGACGUCCGUUCUCCUCUGCGUCUCCGCUUCAGCAUUCUCCCCUGGUUUCGGAAUCUGAUUUCUCGGAUCUUCCCUCCCGCCUCCUAUCGAUCCUAUCCAAACCGAACUGGCAGAAGAGCCCAUCUCUGAAAUCCUUGGUCCCGUCUAUAUCACCCUCACAUGUCUCCACACUGUUCUCCAUGAAUCUAGAUCCUCAUACAGCUCUGAAUUUUUCGUAUUGGAUCUCGCAGAGGCCGAAAUUCAAGCACAAUGUUUGUUCUUAUUCGUCUUUGGUUAUUCUGCUGGUUAACCAUGGAUUCACGGCUGCUGUGUAUAAGAUUAGGAUAUUGAUGAUAAAGAGUUGUGGUUCAGCGCGAGACGCCAUGUUUGUUUUGGAUUUCUGUAGGAAAAUGAACAUGGAUGAUGAUUCUGAAAUUUCAUACAAGUUCACAGUCAGGUGCUAUAACGAAUUGUUAAUGUCAUUGUCUAGGUUCGGGUUGGUGGAUGAGAUGAGGCGUCUCUAUACGGAAAUGUUGGGGGAUAAGGUUUCACCUAAUAUUUACACGUUGAAUACAAUGGUGAAUGGAUAUUGUCAGCUUGGGAAUGUGGAAGAGGCGAAACAGUACGUGAGUAAGAUAAUUAUGGCUGGGUUGAAUCCUGAUACCCACACUUAUACCUCUUUGAUUCUGGGCCAUUGUCGAAACAACAACGUAGAUUCUGCUUUUCAGGUUUUCAAGGAGAUCCCUCAGAAGGGUUGCCGUAGAAAUGAGGUUUCAUAUACGAUUCUCAUUCAUGGUCUUUGUGAGGCUAGGAGAAUUGAUGAAGCUAUGGGUUUGUUCUUGAAAAUGGGGGAUGAGUACUGUUAUCCAUCUGUUCGUACUUACACUGUGCUUAUAUCUGCAUUAUCUGGAUUAGGGCGGAAGUCUGAAGCUUUGAAUUUAUUCAAGCAGAUGUCACAGAGAGGCAUUCAGCCGAACAAUCAUACAUAUACUGUACUUAUCGAUAGUUUAUGUAGUGAAAGAAAGUUUGAUGAAGCAAGAAGAAUGUUGGAUGGUAUGUUGGAGAAAGGGUUGGUACCAGGUGUAGUCACAUACAAUGCUUUGAUUGACGGGUACUCUAAAGAAGGGAUGACUGAAGCUGCCCUCGAGGUUUUGGAAUUGAUGGAAUCAAAUAACUGCAGCCCAAAUACACGCACUUACAACGAAUUGAUACAUGGAUUUACUAAGCAGAAGAGCGUGCACAAAGCAAUGGGGCUGCUUAAUAAGAUGAUAGAGCACAAGUUGGAUCUUGAUCUGGUCACUUACAAUUCAUUAAUCCAGGGGCAGUGUAGAUCUGGUCAUUUAGAUAGUGCAUAUAGGUUGCUUACUUUGAUGACUGAUAGCGGUUUGGUUCCAAACCAGUGGACGUAUGGUAUUUUGAUAGAUUCCCUUUGUAAGAGUAAGAAGUUGGAAGAAGCUCGUGGGCUGUUUGAUUCUCUCAAGGGGAAAGGCAUAAGCGCCAAUGAGGUCAUGUACACUGCUCUGAUUGAUGGAUAUUGCAAGGCCGGGAAAUCGUAUGAUGCUAUGCUUUUGCUUGAGAAAAUGUUGAAUGAGAAGUGCUUACCAAACUCGUGUACUUACAAUGCCCUGAUAGAUGGGCUUUGCAACGAUGGGAAAUUGCUAGAAGCAGUAUCUCUGGUGGAGAAGAUGGAUUUGCAGCCUACAGUGUAUACAUAUACCAUUCUGAUUGAAAGAAUGCUAAAAGAAGGAGAUUUUGAUUACGCUCAUAGAUGUUUUCAGCAAAUGUUGUCCUCGGGACUUAAGCCAGACGUGCAUACCUAC